AUGCAGGCGCCCCCCGAGUCGGGAUCGGACGCCGAGCCGCUGCCCUUCUGGGGCGAGCACCUUGCGCGCGGGCAGGAGCAGACCCACUGCCGCGACGACCGGGUCCACGACGACCGGGGACACGAGGCCCGAAGAAUGGAGGCGAGGAAGAAAGGAAGUAGCGGGGAAGUCGCCCAAGCUCAGGCCCAGGCCAGCCAGGGCCUAGGCGAGGUCAGCGACUUGGUUUGCUAG